AUGAAGAAGGUCAAGAAGAAAAGGUCAGAGGCCAAACGCCACCGAGACUCCACCCCCCAGCAUGCUAGCUCCAAUUCCACCUCUCAGCAGCCUAGUCCUGAAUCCACACCACAGGAGCCUAGUCCUGAAUCCACACCACAGCAGCCUAGCCCUGAAUCCACACCACAGCAGUCCAGCCUUGAAACCAACUCCCAGCAGCCAGCAUCCCAAGCCCUUCCAGCACCCGAAAUCCGCCGCUCCUCUCGCUGCCUGUUAUCUCCAGAUGCUAACAUGAAGGCAGCCCCUCAAUCCAGGAAAGCAGGGCCUCUGACUCGCGCCGGCCCACAUUCCUGCUCCUGUGCCACUUGCCCCUGCAGCUCUGCUUGCUGGCGUCGUCUGGGGCUGUGCCAUAGCCGCAUCUUCGAUGUCCUUCUGCCUCGGGACUGGCAGAUGGCGCCAGGGAGAGGACUCCCCAACCUGCUCACCUUCUACAGAAAACCUUCAAGAAAACCCUCCAGUCAUCGUAACACGUGUCCUCCAAGCCCUCGGAACUGUGGCUGUGGCUCUGGGGGCUCUAGGAGCUGCCUACUACAUCACUGAAUCCUUGUGAACAAGCCCCUAGGCCCACGGUCCGGCAGGUAUGUGGAGCGUUCUGUCCCUUCGAAUGGAGGUGGUCUUUUCAGGUGGAGCAAGCCCCGGCCUCUUAAGAGAAGCUUGACAGUGGAGUGACCCCCUCCUGGCCUCAGAGUCAGCCAGCAUGGCCCUCUAGGGAAGACCUGAUGCUCUCAGAUGCUAGACUCAUUAUUAUAAUCAUCUGAACAGAGCCCCCACCUCCGCUGCCCUAGGAUGGUUUCCCUGGUCACGGACCCUGGACGAGAGGAAAUAGGAGGGAUGGGGGCAAAGGUUCCUACCCAUCUCGGACCUUUCUCCCUGCCUUGAAAGCUUGUCUCCUACCCAGUCCUACUGGUCCAUCACCCAUAAAGCCCCCUUCUUCCAUGAAACCUUCCUCCAUCUUCCCAACUUCAAUGAUGUCUUCCAUCUUCUCAACCCCUGUCCUCUCCACCUGUGCCUCCUGUGUUGUGGAUGAUGCUGUUGUUUGCCUGUGGCCUGUCUCCCAGCUGUCCUUCAAGAUCCCUGAGGGCAAGGGGCAUGGCUCACACAGCCAUCUUCCCUCGCCCCUGGAAGCAGAGCCUGAGACUGGGGUUGGAUGGACAGGGUUUAUUGAGGAGGUGCUCUCAGGGAGUGAGGGAGGGAGGGAGGCAAGAGGAGGCAAGGGAAGGAGCUGAGAAGGAGGAGGCCAGACCUCAGCUUGACCCUGUGGGAGCCCUGGAACAAGAAUUACAACACAGUCUCAGCAGAGGGGAGAAGCUUGCCCUCUGGUGCUCCUCCUUGUCAGUGCUUGGCUCUAAGGGUUGGGUAGGGACUGCAUGUCUUUGUGGAAAGAGCAGCUCCCUUUGGGCUGAGGGCACUUCCCUAGAGGAGGGGCAGCUCUGAGCUGUUAGCAGCACACUCACAACUCGAAGGAGUUGAGCAGUGGAUGCACCAGCCCCAGAAAGGGGAUAAUCAUCGGUUUUCCUUGCCUUUGCAGUGGGCGUAAUAUAUUAUUUCCCAAGGUUCCUCUCUCUCAAUGGAGUGAAAUGAUAGAACCUACCUUGUAGGGUUAUUGUGAGGCUUGAAGAAGACAUUGGGUUUGAGGUGUGAGGGUCUGGGGGGGCGCCAACAACUUCCACAAUGAUCCCCUUGCCACGUCCACACUUAGCAAAUGCUUAAUAAGUGACAAUGGGGAUGAUAGCAUGGGGGUAAUGAGAAGCAUUUCACCCUACUUCCAGACCUCCACUAGCCCCAAGAGUUGAUAGGUGAUGGGACUGGGAGAAGAUGUUCAGAAUAUCUCAAAAGCCAAACCCAGAAGGUAAACUCCAGGGACAGCUUACCAUCCCUUCAUGUGCUCUGUGAUGCCAUGUCCCAUGUCUGUGGCAGAGGACAUAGUAGUUCCUUAGCUGCUAUGCUAUUUCCUGAGGCAUUUCCUGAGUGGCAAGAACCUCAGUUUCCUCAUCUGUAAAUAGGGAAAAUUACAGUACCUUCCUCUUGAGCCUGUUGGGAGAGGUGAGAUAAGGUGUUAGAGGACAGAGUUCAUUGCUGGGGGGGUCCUGUUGCUGUUGUCAACAUGGACGUGGUGGGAAGGAUGCCAGCUUUGGAGUUAGAGCUGCCGGCUCGUUUCUUGACUCUGCUGCCUGAUAGCUGGGUUUUAGGGACAUGUUUCUUAAUUUCUCUGACAGUGUCAUGUCUAGUGGGGAGAAUAAUAACUACCUCCAUGGGCAAUGGUUUUGAGGAUUAACUGAGGGGAUAUGCAGAAGUGCCAGGCACAGGACCUGGUGACAGGGGUGGAUGGAUGCUGGCCAUUGACAAUGUGACGAAUGCACCCGAGUUAAAGCAUUUUCUCUUCAAAAUUCCUUGCAGCAGAACCUAAUGGUUGUGAGCUGGAGUUCUGGAGGCAGGCAGGCUUGAGGUCAGAGGCCUCUUCAAAACCCAGUAUUUCUGAGGCCUGGGGCAAGUACCCUAACUCCUGAUGUCUCAUUUUCUUUUCGUUAAAUGGAGAUAAUAAUAGCACAGCUCUCAUUGGAUUGUCGGGGAGAUUGAGUGGAAAAAAUGCAUGUAAAAUACUUAGCACAGUUCCUGGCACAGGAUAAGCACUCAAGAAAGCUACAUCACCAGCAAUACCACCACCAUCAGCACCAUCACAAUUAUCACCAUCAUCCUCAUCACCAUCACCAUCAUCAUC